GCUCGGGGGUGAGAUUGUGGAGCGAGAAUUAAACAGGCGGAUCGCGUAGCCGGUGUGUGACCCCAGAAAGCAGGAAUUAAGUUCAUCAUCCACGAUGGACCCGUUGGAGUCCUGGGUGAAGGACCAGCUCCACGAGGUGCUGGGUAUGAGCGAUCGCCAUGUAGCUCAGUUUCUGGUGGGGAUUGCGAAACGGAGUACGAGUUCUUCCGACCUCCUCAGCCGGCUUAGUGACACCGGAGCCAUCGACGUGACGGAGAAAGUGAAGAGAUUUGUGGAUGAACUUUGGGUAAAGAUGCCGCGCAAGAUCACUGUUGAACGCCCGGCCCGAGCUGCGGAAAGAGAGGCGAUAGCCAUGCAGGAAAAGAAUAAAUCUUACACGCUGCUGGAUGAUAGUGAAGAAGAGGUAGAAGCAGGAGGGAAACCGGAUGAGAAGAAGAAGAGGAAGAAAAAUCUGAGGAAGAGGAGGAAAGAGGAGUCUUCUGACAGCGAGAGUGACAAAGCACAGUCGGGGAAGGUGCCGUCCCCUCGCAGCGCGUCAGACGAUGACGAAGAAAGAGAGGAGCAGGCCCGCUUGAAGGAUCUGGAGGAAAGGGACGCAUUCGCAGAACGAGUAAAGAAGAGAGAUAAAGAAAAGACGAGGAAUAUCGUGGAGAGAUCCGACAAAAAGGCGUAUGAAGAGGCGCAGAAGAGACUCAAAGUGGCCGAGGAUGACCGUAAAAAAAUGGUACCAGAGCUUCGUAAGAAGUCCCGGAGGGAAUACCUGGGCAAGAGGCAGAAAGAAAAGCUGGAGGAUCUGGAGGCCGAGAUCGCGGACGACGAGUAUCUGUUCGCGGAGCCCGAACUGACCGAGGCGGAGCGCAAGGAGCUGGAGUACAAGCGCAGCGUCCGGGAUCUGGCAAAGGAGUACAAGAAAGCCGGGGAGAAGGAGAAGAUGGAAAAGCACGAUCGCUACUUUAUCCCCGAGGAAAACAGGAGCAAGAAAAUCCCAGACCGGUACGAGGAGCCGGUGUCUGAGGAGAAGUUCGCCCCUCGGGAGGAACAGAGGCGCUGGGAAGAGGAACAUAUCGGAGCGGCUUCUAUGAAGUUCGGAGCCAAAGACGCUCACAGGCGCGGGCAAAAGGAAUACGACUUUGUGAUGGAGGAAGACGAAGUCAUACAAUUCGUCAGCUCCACUCAAAUGAAAGGGACGGUGGACAAGGAAGAAGAGGAGGCCAACGCGCUGUCCGAGGCAGAGAGGAAGAAGAUGUCCAUGCAAGAGGUCCGCCGCAGCCUCCCAGUCUUCCCGUACCGCUCUGAUCUCCUCCAAGCCAUUUCAGAGCACCAGAUUCUCAUCAUCGAGGGAGAAACGGGAUCCGGGAAGACCACCCAGAUCCCGCAGUACCUACAUGAAGAGGGUUACACUCGCAAUGGCAUGAAGAUCGGGUGCACUCAGCCUCGCAGAGUGGCUGCAAUGAGUGUGGCAGCCCGAGUCUCCCAGGAGAUGUCUGUCAAACUGGGCAAUGAGGUGGGAUACAGCAUUCGUUUUGAGGACUGCACGUCGGAGCGAACCGUAUUAAAGUACAUGACGGACGGGAUGUUACUGAGAGAAUUUCUCACCGAGCCCGAUCUGGCCGGCUACAGCGUAGUCAUAAUUGACGAAGCCCACGAGAGGACCCUCCACACCGACGUGCUCUUCGGUCUCAUAAAGGACAUAGCGCGCUUCCGGCCGGAUCUCAAGGUUCUGGUCUCCAGCGCCACCCUCAACACGGAGAAGUUCUCGGCCUUUUUCGACGACGCUCCCAUCUUCCGAAUCCCCGGCCGCCGGUACCCGGUGGACAUCUAUUACACCAAGGCGCCCGAGGCCGAUUACCUGGAGGCCUGCGUUGUCUCCGUGUUGCAGAUUCACGUGACGCAGCCCCCUGGAGACAUCCUGGUGUUUCUCACCGGACAGGAGGAGAUCGAAGCCUGCUGUGAAAUGAUACAGGAGCGCUGCCGCCGGCUGGGCUCCAAGAUUGCCGAGAUGUUGGUGUUGCCCAUUUAUGCCAAUUUGCCAUCUGACAUGCAGGCCAAGAUCUUCGACCCUACGCCGCCCGGAGCGAGGAAGGUCGUCAUCGCCACUAAUAUCGCGGAAACCUCGCUGACCAUCGACGGCAUCAUCUACGUGAUCGACCCUGGCUUCUGCAAGCAGAAAAGUUACAAUGCCCGUUCGGGAAUGGAGUCUCUCAUUGUGACUCCCUGCUCAAAGGCAUCGGCGAAUCAGAGGACGGGAAGGGCUGGCCGCGUGGCCGCGGGGAAGUGCUUCAGACUGUAUACCGCCUGGGCGUACAAAAAUGAAAUGGAGGAUACGACGGUGCCGGAGAUCCAGAGGACAAACCUCGGCAACGUGGUGCUGCUGCUCAAAAGUUUGGGUAUUAACGACCUCAUCCAUUUUGAUUUCAUGGACCCCCCGCCACACGAGACGCUGGUUCUGGCUCUGGAGCAGCUCUACGCGCUGGGGGCUCUCAACCACCUGGGAGAACUGACCAAGUUGGGCAGAAGGAUGGCUGAGCUCCCGGUGGAUCCCAUGUUAUCCAAGAUGAUUCUGGCAUCUGAGAAGUACGGCUGCUCUGAACAAAUCCUCACCAUCGCCGCCAUGCUGUCCGUAAACAACACCAUCUUUUACCGCCCCAAAGACAAGGUGGUCCAUGCGGACACGGCCCGGGCCAACUUCACGGUUCCCGGCGGGGAUCACAUGGUCCUCCUUAAUGUAUAUACACAGUGGGUCGAGACGGGUCACUCGCUCCAGUGGUGCUAUGAGAAUUUCAUCCAGGCCCGUUCUCUCCGCCGAGCCAGGGACGUCCGGGAGCAGCUGGAGGGGCUGAUGGGGCGGAUUGAGAUCGAGCUGACGUCGUGCGAGGGGGAUAACACGCCGGUCCGCAAGGCGAUCACGGCCGGAUACUUCUAUCACACCGCCCGGCUUACCCGCUCCGGGUAUAAGACGGUGAAGCAGCAACAAAGCGUCUAUAUCCACCCCAACAGCAGUCUCCACGAGGAGCAGCCGCGCUGGGUCAUCUACCACGAGCUGGUGUUCACCACCAAGGAGUUCAUGAGACAGAUAAUAGAGAUCGACAGCACGUGGCUGCUGGAAGUAGCUCCGCAUUACUACAAAUCCCGGGAGCUGGAAGACCCCACCAGCAAGAAGAUGCCGAGAAAAGCUGGGAAGACGCGGGAGGAGCUCGGCUGACGGCACGUCGGGCCAGUCCGGAUGACCCUGAUGAAAGACCUGCCAGGCUGGUUAUAGAAAUAUAAUUUACACGCCUUGUACAUCUUUUGUAUAUAAAGAUUUUUUUCCAUUUUG